AAACACAUUAGUGUGGACGUAGCCUCUGUGUUAGCUCUGCCACAGACUGGUGACCUUCCUUGUAGCAGCUGUAAUAAGCUCCAGCCCCCCUCUGUGACCCUGAAUUGGAAGGAAAUGAAUACAUUUAAAUCAGUGCAUACGGGAGUCUUGCUGAACAGUUUGAUUUACAAUCCAAACCAAAGGUCAGAGUUCAAGCUGCUUCCCAUAAGACUGCCUACCUACUUACACACGGUAAAACUUUCACCACACGUCCACUUCAGAGGAAGCUGUGCAAAAUGGCCUCAGCUCCAAAAAAAGCAAGAAUUAGCAAUAACCCGUCUCCUGAAUUGCAUAAAUUAAAGAACAAACUUGAAGAUUCUGCAAAGUCAUUCACUGCAGAGUUUGACAGGAGUGAAUCAAGCAUGAGAGAUAUUAUGAGAGAGUUUAGGAGGAUUUCUGAUGAAGUAGAACAAAUGCAGAGAAAAACUGACACGGCGAGAAAAGUGGGAGUUGGAUUUCUUAUUGGUGGGAUCUUAGCAGCUCCGUUUACUGCAGGACUGAGUUUAGCUGCAGCUGCCGGAGGUGGAGCCACUGUUGUUACUACCAAUGUAAUAAAAAUUCUGUCAGAGGAAGGAAAAGCAAAGAAAGUAGAAAAGUGGGGAGAAGAAUUCAUGGCCAAAGUCAGACCAAUGAAAGAGAACCUGGAAGAAAUAAAGACGAUUUGUGAAAAGCUGGAAAAGGAAUCAACUGAAGCUCAGGCCAGAGACUCUCAGAUUGAUGUGGACGAGUUUCAGAGGACCCUCAGACAGGUGUCGCACCUGAAAGAGAUGAGUUCAGGACUUCUGGUUAUAACUGAAAUCCUGCUGGAUGUUAUGGGCAACGUGGUAAUGCUCAUCAAGAAAGUCAUCAGAGUGACUGCGACUCCUGAAGAAGAUCAAAAGUUAAGAGACGCCAUCAAAAAGGCAGCUGAUCAGAGUCAGAAGAUCAUUGAGGAGUUUCAUAAGAUGAGAACAAAACUGAAAGAGUUUACAUCAAAAGAAAAGUAAAGUCACCUCCACCCAUCCCCCCCCUCCACCACCCUGUGAGCCUUACUGUUCACACUGACUAACCAAUAAAGUUUUAUUAAUAAAGGAUCAUCAGACUUUGACCUGGACUGUAUAAAGGACUUGUAGAGUCCUCUGUUCAUAGACUGGAUGUUGUUGUAUAUUCAUGUAAAGCUGAUCCACAGCAGCCUGACGUCACAGAGAGGUCGUAUGAAGAGGAUCCACAGCCUCACAAAGAGCUGCUUUCCUCCAUGUUCUCUGCUAAUCUCACAUCAAACUCAUUUCACAGUGUGGGCCACUUACAGCCCACUUUGAUCUUCAGUGGGUUGGACCAGUGAAACCCUCCUUUCUGUCAAUGUAAAGAAGCUUAACUGAACAUUUAAUCACUGAGAUAUAUUAACAUAAGAAAAAAAGGGUAAUUUCAACA